UGUACUCAUCAUGUACACAAAGACCAAGAAAAACAAUGGAAUUAUAUGUUUUUUUUUUUUUUUCUUUUCCCUUUUUGGACCAAAUAAGCUGAUAAAAAGUAAAAAAAUGGCUUAUCUUUAUCAAACACUAAAGAGAGGGGCCACCUAUGACAAUUCACCACCAUAACUAGGCAGCUUGGUAACUGGUAAGAGGUGGGAGUAUCAAUAUUUAGCUGACCAAAAAAUGAUAAUUCCACCAAAAGAAUAUGGAUCUCAUGUCAACAGAAUAAAUCUGGGGUUUUGAGAAGAAGGAAAAAAAUAGAGCUGCCAUUCAGUACAUCGGAACUGCAAGAAGAUUAAGCAUAUACGUCAUCUCCAAAACUACAGGAAAUUAUUGCAGUGCUAACUAGUCUUUCUGGAGGAGGCAAGCUAUAACACCGACAAACAACUUCAGUUGGGUUCUACAUGUCUUCUUCAUCGGCAGAUAAUUUGGCAGAAAGGGAGAUGCCAAACUCAAGCAGUUUCUCCUCCACAAACUCCAAAGGCAUUGCUGCCAUUGUUGGAGUAGGACCGAAACUUGGAAGAUCCAUUGCCCGAAAGUUUGCUCAUGAAGGCUACACAGUUGCCAUCCUCUCCAGGGAUUUAGGGAGGCUAUCGAGAAUUGCAGAAGAGAUAGCAAGGGAAGAGAAAGCUCAAGUCUUUGCAAUAAGAAUUGACUGCUCGGAUACAAGAAGCAUUAGUGAAGCUUUUGAAGGGGUUCUCUCUCUUGGAUACGUUGAAGUGUUGGUCUACAAUGCUGCAUACCAACCCCUUCCUUUGCAUCCAGCCAAUUUCACUGAAAUUCCAGUCAAUUCUUUUGAAAAAUCCCUCGCAGUUUCAUCUGUUGGUGCCUUCCAUUGUGCUCAGCAGAUUCUUCCGGGUAUGGUGGAGAGAGGAAGAGGGACAAUACUCUUCACAGGAUGUUCAGCUUCUCUCAAUGGCAUGUCUGGCUUCUCAGAAUUAUGUUGUGGGAAAUUUGCGUUAAGAGGAUUAUCACAAUGUCUGGCAAGGGAAUUUCAGUCACUGGGAAUACAUGUUGCUCAUGUUAUUAUUGAUGGCUUGGUCGGAGCACCAAGGGUACCAAGUAUAUUGCAGAGAACAAAUGUAGGGGAGCAACAAAGUGGAGUAGGAGUGGCAGCAGACGGCUUGAUGGACCCCGAUGCUCUAGCUCAAACCUAUUGGCACUUGCAUCUACAAGAUCGUUCAGCUUGGACACAAGAGAUUGACCUUCGUCCCUCAACUACAUUUAGGUUCUUCUAGCACCAAACCAGUCCUUGCACCAGUCAUGCAGCUAGUAUGUUCUACCCAAUUUUUACGUCCAUACAGUGUUUACUUUUUCGCCACAAGGGAUAGACGGAGUCUCAGGUAUUUGAUCCAGCAAAAGGGGAAACUAGGACUUUUUUGUCAUCAAUUAAUUAGUCAUCUGGCAACCAUUAAGGUUCAAAUCAUAGUUUGGCAUUGUGUUGAUUUGGGGAAGCUAAACAAAAAGGAGUAAUAUCUAAAAUCUGCAUAAUGCCAAAUCUUGAGUUGAAACCAUGGUGACAAACGUGGAUGGAUAAGAAAUGCUUUGAUUAAUAUUUAUAUCUUUAAACUGUAUGUAUAUGUUUUAGCUCUCUUCUUUGGUGGAAGAUUUUGUAUGCAUGUCCAAUAUGCACAAUUAAUUAUAGUUUCUACAUGUUGAUAUGUGAACAUUUUUCUUGAUUAUAUAUCCAAGUGGUGUAACCUAGUUUCCUAGU